CGCUGAGGGAAACGGAUGAGACGGGUAGCAGAACCGGCUGCGCUAAAGGUCUCAUGUCGACAACGUUGGACCUGAUGAAAAAACAGUGUUUGACGCCCGAGGCUCUGUCCUCUGCAUCUCUGAAAAGAAGAUUGAUAAGGAAGAGUAGGAGAGUCGCACCGGGGGAGCAGCGCGCUGCGGACUGUGAGCCGCGCAGGUGUUUCAUGUUUUCUCAGUCUGGCAGCAGUCGUUCCGUCCGUCGGAUUUUGACAGCCUGCCUCCUCUCCUUCCUGGCGUUGCUUGGCUCUGUAUCCCUCGACCUCAGCUCCAACUUUGAUUUACUGGAUGCCACAGAAGCUGCAUACAAUGAGCUGACUUCAUGCAGGACAAUAGCUCUCCUGCAACUCAUAAGUGAACUUCAGAAGAUUAGGCAUUUAUUGGCCAAAGACACAAACAAUGAGACCCUGUCAUCAGGUUUCCAGCCAAUAGAUCACCUCUGUGCUAAAAUGUUGAAACUUCAAAGGUUUUCUUGCAGUGCUGAGUUGUCUGUUUUUUGCCUGCAGAUGAAGAGAAGCAUACAGACAUUUCUAAAUGCCACCCUGGAUACCAACAGCCCAAUUUCACUUUUCACUCAGGUCAUAGAGAGACUUUUGAACACCUGGGGCUCAGUAGAAGCUGAUUUAGAUGAUGCCAAAAAAAACUCUAACUGGAGAGAUGUUCUGUCUGCCAGACUUCUAGUAACAUUCAUAGAACUUAACUACCAGCUGAUGCUCUAUCACAACACUGGGACUCCUGCUGACUUUCAGCUCAGAUGGACUCAAACGCUGAGCUAUCUGAGUUUGUGUAAAGUAAUGUCAGAGCAACUGAACUGCUGCUGGUCAGAAAAUAUAGAGCUCAAAAUAAACCGGAGUCUAAAAGCUCCACAUGUGUCUAUUUUGGACCUGAGUCCAUGGCAGAUCUCUGGAACAGGAAAUAGGCUUCUUUCAGGGACUCCCACGGGAAUUCAGGCUCUGAUAAAAGCACAGCAGUGUUUGUUUGAUCGUGCAUCCCUGGCUCUCCGGCUGGCAUCUCGAUCCAUGUCUUCAGUCCUCAGCAUGAGGAUCUGCCUGCUCGCCAUGGCGUGCCUCAUCUACCCUGUGGUGAUGUUCUCCUUCAAGCAGAUGACAGAGUGGAUAGAGAACUAUGCUCAAAGCUUGAAGGAGAAAACUGAGGAUCUGAAGCGGCAGAGGAAGCUGGCUGAAGAUCUGCUGCACCAAAUGCUGCCAAAGUCGGUUGCCAAGCAGCUGAGGAAGCAAAGACAGGUUGAAGCUGAGAGCUAUGAAAGGGUGACCAUUUUUUUCUCAGAUAUUGUGGGCUUCACAUCCAUCUCUGCAUCCUGCACUCCUCUGCAGGUGGUGGAGAUGCUUAACAACUUGUACAUGUGCUUUGACACUCGCAUCGACUCCUAUGACGUCUAUAAGGUGGAGACAAUUGGAGAUGCCUAUAUGGUGGUGAGUGGUCUACCUGAGAGGAAUGGUGACAAACAUGCAGAUGAGAUUGCCAAGAUGGCCCUGGACUUGUUGGCGGCGGUCAGGCAGGUGUCCAUCCCUCAUAUGCCCAACGAGAGGCUACAGCUCCGAGCCGGCAUUCACACAGGUCCGUGUGUGGCAGGAAUAGUGGGCUACAAAAUGCCAAGAUACUGUCUGUUUGGAGAUACAGUCAACACUGCUUCGAGGAUGGAGUCCACCAGCCUUCCUCAGAAAAUCCACACUAGCUCAGAAACAUACUUGGCUUUGAUGAAGGACAACGCCUAUGAGUUGCAGCUACGUGGCGAAAUUGAGGUCAAGGGUAAAGGCAAAAUGAAUACAUACUGGCUUGUUGGUCAUAAAAACUACAGUGUGCAGAAUGACAGUCUGGUUUGCAAAUGGAAUCCCAACAUGGCCAGAAAGAAGAAGGCGGCGGCCGGAAGUCUGGCAUCUGUAGGAAAUUCGUCCGUCACAGUGCAGAGUCUAAGCGACAAUGCAGCUACACCGGUUUCCCUUCCCUCUUCAGCACUGAACCAAACACCGCAGAUGCCUCGGAGAGAAAGGAUGAGUCUGAGUGUGGCUGCUCAGAUGGAGCCGUAUGGGGGAAGCUAUGGGACCCUGGGCUCCAUGAUCGGGGGGCUGCAGGGUGGAGACGAGUCUCCGGUAACCAGCCAGCAUGGUGGACUUAAACCUGACCUGCUGCCUGGUUCUAACCAGCAAAUGUGAUCAUAUAAUCUCUGAUGUACCCAAUGAAAUAUCAUUAAAAAAAAUCACAGAUUAGUUUGUAAAUAAACGUUAAGAUUUUAGGAUCAUAUAUUUGUGACCUGAGUGAUGUUUUGUUUGCUUUUCAUGAUAACUUAUGUUUUAAGUUGCAAUGUUUAGGAUUGGGUGUUUAUGGCUGUAGAAUUCCUUCUGAGGGUGGAGCCCUGGGGCCAUUUGCAGGCGUCUUGAUUGUUUUUAUUUUGCUCCUGCCCUGACCAAAAUUAAAAAUGGCAAAAAUUGUGAAUUAAAGACUGUUUCAACUCAUUUAGGGUCCUUACAGUGAACUGAUUAUUGAGGUUUGAGAGUCCUAACUCUUUGAGCUGGUUUAUGUCUAACCGUUUACCAGUUAAAGUGUAAUAAAGAUGUGAAGUGUUAGAAUAUAUAAGUCAAAAUGUGUCCAGUUCUACUGCUGUGUUAAAAACUGGAAAAAAAACAUCCACACCAACAUGUUCACAGAAGGUAGACUGCAUAUUGUCAAAGCAGUAGUCUUACAUAUUUGACCACUUUCGUUGGCAGAAGUGGUAGAGUAUGUUUAAAUCGGUGGAUUUCCUGGCAUAAAACUGAAAUUUAAGCAGUGUCCUCAUGAAACCAGUUUAAGAUCUCAUUGUAUUGACUUUGUAAAGUGCCUUGAGAUGACAUGUGUUGUGAA